AUGUUCAGGCUCGUCCUUGCCAGCUUGGCUUUGGCUCUCUUCCAGGGAGCCGUGUCGCAGGAGAUCCCCAAGGGUCUGCGGGGAGCUCGCCGCUUGCAGGACGCGGAGGCCCCAGCCGCGGCCCCAGCUGAGGAGGCCCCUGCUGCGGUCCCUGCUGAGGCUCCAGCUGAGGCUCCAGCUGAGGCUCCAGCUGAGGCUCCAGCUGAGGCUCCAGCUGUGGCCACCGAGGCCCCAGCUGUGGCCACCGAGGCCCCAGCUGUGGCCACUGAGGCUCCGGGGGGGAUCACAGCAGCGGAGCAGGCCCAGCUCAACCGCGACUUCAUCCGGGCCAUUCGCAGCAUGGACACGGCAACGGCCGAGACACUGCUGGCAAACGGUGCCGACAUCGACGAUGUGUCCACAAGUGGACCCCGCUGGACUCCCUUGGCUGAGGCCUGCGUUGCCCGCGACUCGGCCAGGGCCCUGUGGCUGCUUGAGCACGGAGCUGACCCAGACUUUGCAGACAAUCGUGGACGCACGCCGCUGUACCACGCAGUGCACUACUACUUGCAUGAUGCUGUGGAAGAGAUGCUCAAGACGGCCAAGAACCUCUCGCCACAUGACGGUGACGGAGUCGACAUGCUGACGCGCGCGGUCUGGCAGAAUGAUGCCCGCAUGGUGGAGAUGCUUCUUGCGGCGGGGGCCACCUCCGCGGCGGCGCAGAGCUCGGCCUCCGGGGCGGACUGGGAGAUCCAGAAGCUCUUUGGCUACACCUCGACUGUCGCGCCUCUCGUCGUCACUGAGGAAUUCACUCGCAAGGAAGAUGUCACAGCAACGUCGCACAAGAUGUUGGAAAACACGGGUGGCGAUGCGGCGACAGCUCUGAUGCAGCGGCAUUCCACGAAUGACGAGCUGGCAGCAACGUGGAGGGGCGAUCAAGGUCACUAUCCUCGUAACUGCUGUGGUUCCUUCGACAACAACGGCACUGCCACACUGUUCGCAAUAUUGACUGGAGUUCUGCAAAACGACACACGUGUGGCCCUGCAACAUCAGCAGUCGUUUUAA